AUGUCGGCCGAGCGAGUCAAAGACAAGGAAGGAGAGAAUAUCAAUGAGGGUGACCAUGUCUAUACCCGCUAUCGGGGCGGAUCUCAUGAAGGAAAGGUUGAAAGAAUUGUGAUGGAUCAAGCCGAAGCGGACGAGGAGAACGUCGCGAAUCCUCCCAAGGUCAUCUUCACCGAUCAACAUGGACAUCGGGUUGCGCAUAAUCCCGGCACGUUGGAGAAGACAGGAUGA